AUGACAACACCUCUUGAAGCGACUGCAGAUAAACCUGGCAAACUGGAAAUACCCCGACCGGGACAGACCAAUGUGGAAGAGAACAUUGAAUACAGGCUCAACAAUCGUCGGAGCCAAUCACAUCACAGCAGCCGCCAAGUCCAAUCGCGGGACAUGCAAAAAUCGACUGUCGUCCUCGUCUCCGCCGCCGCCUCACAACGCCAUCACCCAAUCAUUUCCAACAUGUCCACGAUGUCAUCGAGCAUUCUGGACGCCAAUUGGACUUUUUGGACACCUCCGGUUCGACUGCGGCACACGGACUGCACCAACCCUCGUCUCUCCUCCCAUCCCUCACGCACCUCCCACAAGGUCAACUAA